AUGAAACAGAAAAGUAAACCUUUGCCCCUUGGAAAUAAAGUCAAGCUGCGAAACCAAUCAAGUUACGAAAAACUAUGCGAAGAUAAACAGUUCCUGGAAAAACGAAAAGAAAGAAACAAGAAAGAGAAGCCAAGGGAACGAAUCUGUACUUAUAAAUUUUGGGAGGCACCGUGUACAUUACGAAACAGUGAUCCAAAGUUAGUUGCAUAUUUAAAUAAAUUGAAAAUGUUAAAGAAGAAAGCGAAACCAAAGUACAGUGCGCCGUACGAUAAUGCUCAGUAUCAAGUCGGGGCUGUUGUGUUUUGUGGCGGUCGUCCCCACUUCCUUCUUAAUAAUGUUGCUUUGUUACCAACUGGAUAUAUACCUAUUAAUGGUGGAGUUGUCCAAUAUGGUGGUGAAAUAUUUUGUAAUAUAAUCGGCUAUUGGAAAUUCCCAAGGGAAGUGAAAGAGGAAUGUGACGAAACGGACAACAGAAUAAUGGAAUAUCUUAAGGAAUCCAAGUGUAAAUGCGGUCAUCUUUAUGAUUUUUACCAAGAUGAUAAACUGAAAGAAAAGUAUUUCUACCCGCCCACAAAACAAGGUCCAUUUUGGUUGGACUACGCUAAAAUAUAUCAAAUGGAUCCGAUGGAGGACUUUAUUAGGGAUACAUUCCAGGAAGCUCUUAUAUCAUCCGAUUCGGGGCCUUCAACGUCCGCACCCACUUUAUUGCCGUCCGGAUUAAAGGAAAAGGAGCUUCUGGCGGCCCUUUUAGCCGAAUUGUCCGAUACGCCACUUAUAAUCCCACAUCUGCCACAGGCAAAUUUGUUAAAUAAUCUACAGGAAUGGGUUCGGAGACGAGUUAAAGGAAAUAUACCCCCAUCUAUGCAUAAGCGACUUUUAUUACAAUCACAACGAAGAUGGCUCCAUCUUAAGCACAUGGACUUCCGAGCGCGCGCAUAUAGAAUACCGUUCACGCUAAAACAGUUGAACAACAUGAGUUGGUCUCACCGGCAUUUAGUUCAAAAACUGUUUGAGAUAUUGCUAAAUGAUUUUGUAACAAGAAAUCGAUUGAAGCAACUUGAACAAACGAGACUAUGGUGGUCUACUACAAAAUACAAUGCUUACCCCAGCAAAGCAUUUAUUGACAUUUUUUUCACAUAUAUGCCUGGGCGAAUGAAGGACACAUUCCUUAUAAACCCAUACAGUGCUGAGAUAACCAAAAAACAUGGGGCAAAGACAUGUCCUUUAAUAAGA